GAGCUCACCGCUGCCAGUCGCGCUGCCCGCCCAUCCCACCCUUUUCGUGCGGGCAUUCAGCUAAAUGACGGGCGGAGCCCGACGGCGGCUUCCGGUCGGGGGAAAAAAGUUGGGCCGAAGGAGGGGCCGGGAAGACGCAGGAGGAAGAAGAGAAAACGGCCGGACGGCGGUGGCUGUAGGUUGUGCGGCUGCAGCGGCUCUUCCCUGGGCGGACGAUGGACAGCCAGGGCAGGAAGGUGGUGGUGUGCGACAACGGCACCGGGUUUGUGAAGUGUGGAUAUGCAGGCUCUAACUUUCCAGAACACAUCUUCCCAGCUUUGGUUGGAAGACCUAUAAUCAGAUCAACCACCAAAGUGGGAAACAUUGAAAUCAAGAAUAACAAAAAGAUGGAUCUUAUGGUUGGUGAUGAGGCAAGUGAAUUACGAUCAAUGUUAGAAGUUAACUACCCUAUGGAAAAUGGCAUAGUACGAAAUUGGGAUGACAUGAAACACCUGUGGGACUACACAUUUGGACCAGAGAAACUUAAUAUAGAUACCAGAAAUUGUAAAAUCUUACUCACAGAACCUCCUAUGAACCCAACCAAAAACAGAGAGAAGAUCGUAGAGGUAAUGUUUGAAACUUACCAGUUUUCUGGUGUAUAUGUAGCCAUCCAGGCAGUUCUGACUUUGUAUGCUCAAGGUUUAUUGACUGGUGUAGUGGUAGACUCUGGAGAUGGUGUGACUCACAUUUGCCCAGUAUAUGAAGGCUUUUCUCUCCCUCAUCUUACCAGGAGACUGGAUAUUGCUGGGAGGGAUAUAACUAGAUAUCUUAUCAAGCUACUUCUGUUGCGAGGAUACGCCUUCAACCACUCUGCUGAUUUUGAAACGGUUCGCAUGAUUAAAGAAAAACUGUGUUACGUGGGAUAUAAUAUUGAGCAAGAGCAGAAACUGGCCUUGGAAACCACAGUAUUAGUUGAAUCUUACACACUCCCAGAUGGACGUAUCAUCAAAGUUGGGGGAGAGAGAUUUGAAGCACCAGAAGCUUUAUUUCAGCCUCACUUGAUCAAUGUUGAAGGAGUUGGUGUUGCUGAAUUGCUUUUUAACACAAUUCAGGCGGCUGACAUUGAUACCAGAUCUGAAUUCUACAAACACAUUGUGCUUUCUGGAGGGUCUACUAUGUAUCCUGGCCUGCCAUCACGGUUGGAACGAGAACUUAAACAGCUUUACUUAGAACGAGUUUUGAAGGGUGAUGUGGAAAAACUUUCUAAAUUUAAGAUCCGCAUUGAAGACCCACCCCGCAGAAAGCACAUGGUAUUCCUGGGUGGUGCAGUUCUAGCGGAUAUCAUGAAAGACAAAGACAACUUUUGGAUGACCCGACAAGAGUACCAAGAAAAGGGUGUCCGUGUGCUAGAGAAACUUGGUGUGACUGUUCGAUAAACUCCAAAGCUUGUUCCCAUCACACCCGUAAUGCUUUCUUUUUUCCUUUAUUGCCAAUCUUUGAACUCAUUCAACUCCAGGACAUGGAAGAGGCCUCUCUCUACCCUUUGACUGGAAAGGUCAAGUUUUAUUCUGGUGUCUUGGGGAAGCUUUGUUAAAUUUUUGUUAAUGUGGGUAAAUCUGAGUUUAAUUCAACUGCUUGCCUACAUAGACUAGAGGGCUAAGGAUUCUGUCUGCUGCUUUGUUUCUUCUAAGUAGGCAUUUAGAUCAUUCCUGUAGGCUUCCUAUUUUCACUUUACUGCUCUAAUGCUGCUAGUCGUAGUCUUUAGCACACUAGGUGGUAUGCCUUUAUUAGCAUAAGAAAAAAACUUUAACAGGAGCUUUUACAUAUUACUGGGAUGGGGGGUGGUUCGGGAUGGGUGGGCAGCUGCUGAACCCUUUAGGGCAUUUCCUCUGUAAUGUGGCGCUUUCAGCUGUACUGCUGCAGCUUUAAGUACCUUAAAGCUUCUCCUGUGAACUUCUUAGGGAAAUGUUAGGUUCAGAACUAAAGUGUUUUGGGUGGGUUUUGUUGCGGGGGGAGGGUAACAGUGGGUGGUCUUCUAAUUUUUAUUUUUGAGGUUUUUUCACUGGAGUACAUAGAGGAACUUUAUUUACAGUACUUUGAUUUGGCAGGUUUUCUUCUACUUGUGCUCUGCCUGGAGCUGUUUCCAUAUGAUAUAAAAAGCAAGUGUAGUAUUCCAUUACUUUGUGGCUUAGGGAUUUAUUUGUUUUUUAAAAUCAACCAUGUUAGCUGGGACUGGACUCCCUACAAUCCUUCAAUGUAAAAGUAACAUUUAAAAAUCCUUUGGGUAAUUCAAAUUACAGAUUUAAAAGUGCUUAAGAUCUGGUGUUUUGUUAAUGCUUCUGUUUAUUCCAGAAGCAUUAAGGUAACCCAUUGCCAAGUAUCAUUCUUGCAAAUUAUUCUUUUAUAUAACUGACCAGUGCUUAAUAAAACAAGCAGAUACUUACAAAUAAUUACUGGCAGUAGGUUAUAAUUGGUGGUUUAAAAAUAACAUUGGAAUACAGGACUUGUUGCCAAUUGGGUAAUUUUCAUUAGUUGUUUUGUUUGUUUGUUUUGAUUUGAAACCUGGAAAUACAGUAAAAUUUGACUGUUUAAAAUGUUGGCCAAAAAAAUUAAGAUUUAAAUUUUUUAUUUGUACUGAAAAACUAAUCGUAACUGUUAAUUCUCAGUCAUCUUUGAAGCUUGAAAGAAGAGUCUUUGGUAUUUUGUAAACGUUAGCAGACUUUCCUGCCAGUGUCAGAAAAUCCUAUUUAUGAAUCCUGUCAGUAUUCCUUGGUAUCUGAAAAAAAUAUCAAAUAGUACCAUACAUGAGUUACUAAGUUUGAAAAAUAAAAAGAAAUUGCAUCACACUAAUUACAAAAUACAAGUUCUGGAAAAAAUAUUUUUCUUCAUUUUAAAACUUUUUUUAACUAAUAAUGGCUUUGAAAGAAGAGGCUUAAUUUGGGGGUAACUAAAAAGAAAUGAUUGACUUGAGGGUCUCUGGUAAGAAUACAUCAUUAGCUUAAAUAAGCAGCAGAAGGUUAGUUUUAAUUAUGUAGCUUCUGUUAAUAUUAAGUGUUUUUUGUCUGUUUUACCUCAAUUUGAACAGAUAAGUUUGCCUGCAUGCUGGACAUGCCUCAGAACACAUGAAUAGCCCGUACUAGAUCUUGGGAACAUGGAUCUUAGAGUCACUUUGGAAUAAGUUCUUAUAUAAAUAUCCCCAGCCUUUUGAGAACGUGGCUUGUUAAAGGACGCGUAUAUAGGGCCAGUACCUACUGGCAGUUGGGUUCAGGGAAAUGGGAUUGACUUGGCCUUUGGUCAUAAUUUUAAAAUAUGGGAGUAGAAAACAACAAAGAAUGGAAUGGACUCUUACAACAAUGAAAGAGCGUUUAUCAUUUGUCCCUUGAAUGUAGAAUUUGUUUUUGAUUUCAUAAUUCUGCUGGUAAACGUGAUGGUUAAAAUGAUGUAUUAUGUAUAUAUAUUAUAAUUUAGAAAUAACAUUUUAUAAUUUUACUAUUCCAAGGUGACAUAAUGCAUUUAAAUUUGGGAUUUGGUUGGAGUAUUAUGUUUAACUGGAGUUGUCAAGUAUGAAUCCCUCAGGAAAAAAAAAAUUCUGUUUUAAAAAGCAAUCUGAUUCUUAGCUCUUGAAACUAUUGUUACUUAAAUUUCCAAUAAUUAAAAAUUUAAAAUUUUUAAAUUAGAAUUGCCAAUACUUCUACCUUUGAGAAGGGUUUCUUAGAAAUACAUUUAGUAAUGUCCCCAAGACAUUAGUCUUACAUUUAAACUUUUUUCUUUAAAACAUGGUAUUGGUGGUUAACUUUUACACAGUUCUGAGUACUGUUAAUAUCUGGAAAGUAUCUUGAGAUAUCAGUGGAAAGCUAAACAUUCUAAAUUUAACAUGAAAUACUUCAUUUUGAUUCAGAAAAUAAAAUCAGAUUUUUUCAAAGUCAA